CGGCGGGCGGGCAGAGGCGGGGGCCGCCCCUACGUGUCCCGGGGCUCUCCCCCCCGCCCUCAAAUCCCUGGGCAGGGCCAGCCCUUCAUAAGGCGGCGGCGCGGCGGCGGCGGGGCGCCCAGCCCGCUGCCCGGUACCCGCUGCGAUGGAGGCGGGCGGGUGCCGCAUGGGCGGCCCGGCGCCGGGCGGCCCGGCCGUGAUCACGCUGGAGGAGCUGGACGGGAUGGCGGAGGAGAGCCCCGACUCGGCGUACCACAGCAACGGCAGCAGCCUGGAGGAGGAGGCCGAGCGCCCGGAGGACGAGGAGCAGGAGCGGCUGCUGAGCUACUGGCAGAGCGUGGGCCGGGGGCACCAGGUGGACGUGCCGCGGGACAUGGCAGAGCCAAUUCAGCAGCUGACCAGAAAUAACAACCCCCAGGAGAGACAGACCAUCCCAUUUACUCUGAUCCAGCGCAAAGAAAAGCUUGGAGAUCUGCUUUACGAAAAACGUCAGUAUGGAAAAGCCAAAUGGGCUUGUAUAAAAAUGAAAGAAAAACAGUAUGAACAGAGCAUAUGCCUUGGGUUCAUGAAGCUUAUGAGGUACAUUUGCGAGCAGAAUUCCUCAGGGCUGUACUUGGGGAUAACCAUACCCAUCGUGACCAUAGUCCAUACAAAUGAGUCGCAGUCGGAGAUGACACAGUCAGUGACGGUAGCGUACUACCUGCCUGAAGUGCUGCAGGACGAGCCUCCUCAUCCUUUUGACUCUGACAUAAUCAUUGAAGAAUGGCCUUCUACUAUCGUUUAUAGUAGGAGCUUCAGAGGAAUCACCAAUGAAGACUCCAUAAUGAGAGAAAUAAACCUCUUGGCGGAAAUUCUGGAGAGCCCCGAGCUCUGUUUGCAGGAUACCUUCAUCAUCGCGGGCUAUACAAAUCCAGCUGCUGCCAAUCGACACAACGAGAUAUGGUUCCUCCAGAGGCCAUAGCCGCCCCUCCCUGAUGCUUGUCAGUCACACUGGCAGAAUCUUACAGGUGAAUCACGCGAGACUAGCUGUCAAACCCUCAAAAGAUUUUAGAAAUGUGGCUUUUAGGUGGUUUAGCAAGGCAAUCACUCCGACUUAAUAAUCCAACAGAGGUAACACCUGAAACACACGCAGUUUCCUAUGUCAACUUUUACAGUUUUUACACAAUUUUAAUGGUGAUUUUUAGCACUUUAAAACUUAGUUCACCUUAUCUUUUUUUACAAGAUAAGGGAGACAGAGACCUCUCUCCUCAUCCACUUACUAGCCUCUCUAGACUGCUUGUGGCUUGGGACGGUCCUAGGGGAGACCCUGGAGCCCCUGCCCUGGGCACCUAGUGCUGCACCAGCUGCACAAAGACCCUCUUGGGGCUUUCAGCGGGGGACACAUUAAAACCACCUCACACACGCAGGCUAUGCUUCAGAAAAAUAAUGUUCAGGUCUUAUUUUCUGAAGAGAACCAGAUUUAGACUGCUGGGAUUAAACCAGGGAGUAAGACUAGGCAAGUGCUGAUUGCUUUUAAUGGCAUCAGCUGUGGAGCAGAGAUUCUUAAUGCUUACCUCAGAAAGCAUUCAACCAAAGUACUUUUAACCUUGAGAGGAGACCAAGAAGGCAGAACCGUCCUAUUCCUCAUUAAAGUCUCGAUAGCAGGAGCUACAGGUUACCUUAAUCACACACGGUAAUCCCAUGACUAUAUGUAGUGUUCCCAAAUAGAAAGUGGUUAUUCUUAACUCUUCAGUUUUCUGAACACUUUCAUCUUAUGACUUUGCUGAAUGUUAAAACACUGCAGCUGAAGUAAUUUGUUCAGUACUUUUUACACUCCCCUGGCAGUACCACACUGUUAAUAUUAGAAAUGACACAAAUAUUUCACAGAAUCACAGAAAAAAAAAAUGAAGCUAGACAUGACCUCCGGCAGCCAGCUGGUGCAGCCCUCCGCAACAGAAGGGCCAGCGCCGCUGGCAGAGCAGGCUGCUCAAGGCUUCACGCAGUUGGCUUUUGAGCUUCUCCAGCGCUGAAGGGGGAUGAGGAGCCUGUAACCCCUCUGGGCCCUGGUUCAGUAUUUGACCACCCUCACUGUGAGAAUUUUUAUUUCCUAAUAUCUAUUUUUCCGUGUCACAGCUUGUUUCUUUUACCCUCCAUCUGUAUGAUAACUCUUCAAGUAGACAACUGCUAGCCUAGCACGCUGUGACUGAGAGACAAGCUCCCGUAGUUCUGCACGCAUCAGAAAGUCUGAAAGCAGCACGUGUGCUUUGCUACGUACUACAGUUAACGAGCACCUCCGGCGCUUUAGAGUCGGGGUAGCACACAGUUGUGCUCUCACAAAUCCCUCCUUAAUGUCUCCCCUUACAGAUAUGAUGGUAGAGUUUAACCUUAACACUUAAUAGAAGUAAAUGUCUUCUUACAUAAGAUUUCAUGAAUUAUAUCGCUAGCAUUAUUGAUUAUAAGAUUUAGGCUUUAAAUAGAGCUUUUGUGUUCUUCAGUUUCUAUAUACAAAACAGCAACCAGAGUCAGUGUCUGCCAGCUUACGGUAGUGUUAAUUGGCAAACAAAAUGGAUUUAUGUAGUACUUCUGGCUGAAUAAACAUACAGGCCUCAAGAACUUUAAGCCUCCUGGUUCCACAAGGCUCUGUGCUGCACAAAAUUGGCUUUAUGCUUAACCUAAAACCUCUUGUUGAGCAGCAGAUUGGAGAGUGAUGGCUGGCCCUGGCUGAUCGUGCUGAAGUGUGGCCAAGGUGCUCUCUGGUGGCGGCUGCCCAGAGAUUACCAAGGGAGACAGCAAGGAAGGAGAAAAAGGAAUGGGGAAAGAGAGAGAAAAGCCUUAGUUUUAACACAAACAAACAGGUGGUUUUUUCCUCCCCACAAAAACAAACAAACAAAAGAAAGCAAUCCUCACUUUCUUCUUCUGAAUGUCUGAUAUCCCUAGCUGUGCAGAUACCCUGCACUAGCCCAGCCUAGCCAUUUGUAUUGCCACAAAUUAAUUGUAUGUGAAACUGAUGGGGCUGGGGGGGGGGGGGGGGGGAAUCUCAAAAAAAUACUGUGGGUUUGGGGUCUUUCUUUUUCCCACCAGAAAGCUGCCAAAUCUGGUUUGCCAGGUGGCAGCACAAACGCUUGUGCCAGUUGUGGCCACAGCUAGGAACCGCAUUGCCUGAUGUGCCAAUUUAAACGCACGUCAAAGUACUCCUUAUUUAACAGAACCAGGCAACAAAGAUACCUGCCAUGCCUUGUAUUCCUCUCGAUUUGUUCAGGAUGCAGGAUCAUAGCCAGGGAAAAAAAAUUCAGACUUCCUUUUCAAUAUGUUGAAUUGUUUCCCAUUUGAUUUUUAUUUCUUUUGCUUUUUUAUUUAACAUUUCCUCAGACUGUUGGAAAUGCCAGCCAAUAUUAAAGUGAAGCUUACAAUUAAUGGAACGCAAUAAAAAGUUUUUAAAACCUGAGUUGAGUAGAGGGCCUAGGGAGGCAUUACAUAAAAGCUUUUGUUUUGCCCUCACAACCCCAUGCUUUUUAUAAGAGCAAAUAAAAACAAUUUUCAGCUUUGAUAAGAUUUUAUGGCAAAUUAAAGAAUUUUCUGCAUUUUGAUUGCUUUUGCCAGUUAUAGAAAUUAUUUUCAUGCUUUGGGCACAACAAAUGUCAAAUAGCUACUGGAAGCAGUUAAAUCCCCUCACCAUGAAGUACUGGUUUGUACACACUUCACAUGUUAAACGUCUAUUGCAAAAAGCAUUUGCUGUAUCCCGUGUCUCCUUCCAUAGGCAAUCUCCUCCUAAACACUUCUGUGACUCAGCUACUUGUGGGUAUGUUGUAGAAACAUUACUGAAACAUAAAACCAAGGUAUUUAUCUGAAUGUGCUGAUAUCCUGUCUGCAGCAAAGCGUUCAGUGUUGUUUUACGUAAAACUGUGAAUUCCAGGAUAGUAUUUAUUUUGACUUAUGUUAGACGGCUUCUGCUGCUGAGAAAGAACUAAUUAAUCUCACGUUUGAAGAUACACUUUAUGGCUGUGGAACAUUGUACCAACUUCUGUAAACGGCUCUCGCCCACGGGCACAAAGAAUUGUGUGUUUUCGCUGACACACAACAAAGUUUACUUAACAGUGACAGCAGCGAUUACCACAAAACCUUACUGUUACUCAAAUGUAUCAUUUUAGAAUGUUUGAAAACAUCACGUCACGCAUGAUUACCUAACUCCUGUUAUCGGAAUAGGUAUUUUGUUAUCCAUCUGUGGCUCUGCUUUGUAAGCCAUUAAGGAAUUAAUUUGAAGUUAUUAGAUUUCCACUAUUCAAAGGAGAAAAUAAAACAAUUCACCCAUAUUUUUGGAAGAUUUAAAUGAUGUAGCCUUAACAGAUAAAUGUUGUCCUGCAUACUGUGUAUUUUUCAAACAAGCAUUAGUGCCUACAAAGUUUAUUCCAGCUAUUGUGAUACUCAGGGCCUUGCUUAUUGUAUGUAUACAAAUAUAAACAUAAUUUUUCCGGCAUUGUUGCGUUGUGCUGUUUUACACUGUCCUCCAUUUCCACUGAAAUGUUGUCUUGUUUACUGUUACUGUUCGUCAAAAUUAAAGAUAAUGAUUUUAUUGUGCAGAGUA